AUGGCGGCACUUCCGGUCCCGCUGCCCUUAGCGAAGAUGGCGGCAGUGGAGAAGCGACGGCCGACGGUGGCACCAGCGGCCAGUAUGAUGGACAAUGGUCGGACGUCGGUGUCCCAGCCGGCUGCGGCAGCCGAGAGCGAGGAGGACUUCCUGCGGCAGGUCGGCGUGACGGAGAUGCUGCGCGGAGCCUUACUGAAAGUGCUGGAAACCCGGCCUGAGGAGCCCAUAGCCUUCUUGGCUCACUACUUCGAAAACGUGGACCUGCGCUCGCCAGGCAACGGCGGCGCCGGGGACCCUCCGGGGCAGCUCCUCCUGCAGCAGCAGCGCCUGGGCCGCGCGCUGUGGCACCUUCGUCUGGCUCAUCACUCUCAGAGGACAGCCUUCAAUAACAACGUCAGCGUGGCCUAUGAGUGCCUGAGUGCCAGUGGGCGCAAGAAAAAGCCAGGGCUGGAUGGACGCACCUACAGUGAGUUACUGACACGCAUCUGCAGGGACGGCGGGGCCCCCAAGGAGGUCGUGGCACCCCUGUUACGCAAGAUCCAGUGCCGUGACCAUGAGGCAGUGCCACUGGGCAUCUUCCGCUCUGGCAUGCUGUCCUGCUUCGUGCUGCUGGAGUUCGUAGCACGGGCUGGAGCCCUCUUCCAGCUUCUAGAAGACCCAGGGUUGUCCAUGGCUGACCGCCGUGUGGGCCAGGCAGUACUGGACACCCUUGAGGGAGCCCUGGGUGCUGGGGACCAGGCUGCCACACCUGCACACUACCUGGAGGCUGGUUCACGCCUGGGGCCCGACAGCCUGGCACGGGCCCUGGACCGGGCAACAGCUGGACGACGGCCCAGCUUACCCAUGUCCCGGGAGGAGUUCUUGGAGAAGGCUGCUGCUCUCUUCAUUGCCAAGGUCAAGCCUGUGGGUUGAGUCCAUACUUCACACCCAGCUCUAGGAUGGCACUGGUCGGGGACUGCGGCGUGUCUGCAUGCAGGAGUGAGACACCCCCGAGACCCACGCCCUGCCUCAACUGCCUCCUGCACCUACCCUCGGGCCUGCUUAGGAGAAAUAAAGCCUAUACGGAGA